AGAAAAAUUCUCAAUCAAGCAAUUAAUUGAACAACAGCUUGACUGCUCGUGUUGCACCUUUAUUUGACCCGUUUUAUGCUCAUUGUAUGCUCCCAUUUGCUUGGGCUCGCCUGUGGUUGGUUUCAGAUGUUGUAAUAUAGCUCAAUUAAUGUUUUGAUGCUGAUGCUCCGUUGUGCUCCGCCCCCUCGAAACUGUCCUGUGUGAUGAAAGGAACUCUCUGAGCCAAGAGCUGACAGACACAGCUGACUUCCAUCCUGAGUACCAGGCACACGCUCCCAUUGCAUCAAGUCAAAAAGUAUCCUACGCACCAUGGCAUCGGACGAAUUGGCGAGGGAACUGCAGCCCAGGCUGGCCGCGGAGCCGGCUCACCUAUUCAACCCGUCUCCACCAGAGGAGACCCCGGUGAAAGCGAGCGACCCUGUCCCCGGUCCGCAGAAAAAAGCGGUGGCGGUCAUUGUCAAUGAUGACACAUCGGAACUCACCGCGAAACUCACGCGGAGACUGUGCAUCAACAAUGGGAACGCGGCGCCCAAGCAGGCCAAGGUGUUCAAUCCCUACACGGAAUUCAAAGAGUUCUCCCGCAAACAGAUCAAAGACAUGGAAAACAUUUUCAAACGGUUUGACAGUGGUAAGGACGGCUUCAUAGACCUGAUGGAGCUGAAGCUGAUGAUGGAGAAGCUGGGAGCUCCUCAGACCCACCUCGGCCUCAAGAACAUGAUCAAGGAGGUGGAUGAGGACUUCGACGGCAAGCUGAGCUACAGAGAGUUCCUGCUGAUCUUCAGGCGAGCAGCGGCAGGCGAGCUGCAGGAGGAGAGUGGUCUGAUGGCUCUGGCCAGACUGUCUGAGAUAGACGUCUCCACAGAGGGAGUCAUGGGGGCACGGGACUUUUUCGAGGCUAAGGUGCAGGCUCUGAAGGUGGGCAGUAAGUUUGAGGCUGAGAUCCGAGAGGAGCAGGAGGAACGGAAGAGACAGGAGCUAGAUAGGAAACAGAGACAGGCUGCUUUCAAAGAGCUGCAGUCUGCCUUCUGCUCUUAACACAGUAGACACACACACACACACACACACACACACACACACACACACACACACACACACACACACACAC